AUGGCGAGUACGUCUACUCUCGCUGUUUGCUCUCCGCUUCCAGAGAUACCAACUCCAAUUCCACCCCAACAUGUCCGUCUUGUUGUCUGGCGUCACGGCAGCAAUAUGCUGGCCUUGGAUCUGCCUGUCGAGUUUGUGUAUUCUGUCGUGAACUUGAAACCCCUCAAAUACCUUGCGUAUGCAGCUUGGUCGAUCUGUGGACAAUGGGGCGAAUUGAGGGAUGGCCAAGGUAAAGAGGUGGAUAUGGAUCAGCUGUCGCUUUAUGAAUUUUGGUCAUACCAAUACUUUACCCCACAAGAUGUGCCAUUCACCAAGACCGUCAACCAUGCUUUGACGAAACAGCACACCAAAGUAGGCACUUCACAUGGACCCAAGCAUUCGUCCGUGUGGGCCACACAAGUCAAAGACAGAGAUGGAGGUUGCAUUUUUACCGGCGUCACACCACCCGGACCCUCAAUCGUGGCAGAUUUUGUGGAGAAUAUCAAAACCCACGAGGUGGGAGACCUCAGCGACAUUAAUGACAUUCGCAACGGUAUCACUCUAUCGAGCAGUCUUUGCACGGAGUACGACGCUCACAAGUUUGCAAUACUCCCUAUACCAAACGACAUUCUCAGCGCGGUGGAGAUGAAAGAAGCCGAUCCGAAUCACCCGAGGGAGCGCAGGAGGGUUGCACUCUUCCCAACGACUGGACAACGACGGCUACAGAGGACGGCCUAUAUCCUUCAUUGGAUGAACCCCUGGAAGUUUGAGAGCGAGGCAUGGCGGGAGAAUAUGGACGACAUGGUCACUCACUGUGCACAGGCUGGUUUCGUACAACAAGUUGAAGGCUCACUACCACACCAAGGUCUCCUUCAUUACCGCUAUGGAACUAGUCUGAUCAUAAACUUCAUGAAUGCCACUGUCUCACGUGGCUGGGAUUUACUGCAAAAGAAGAGAGACCAUGAUGAACCCCCCGAGGAGGAGGAGGGUCCACCUGCACAAAUCUCAUAUAGUUCGGCGAGGGAAGAAAAGGCCUUGGUCAUUCAAUCCUGGUUCGACAGCCUGCACGAAGUUUCGAAGAGCUUCAGAAAGGUUGAGGAGUGGAGAAAUAUGGCGCAGACCUGA